UUAUAGGCUUUAAAAUAAAGAAGAAUGUUGAUAAACGUACUGGAGGAAUGUAACACAUUUUUCUUAGGUAACAUAUGUUUAUAAACCAGUGAAGUUACAGUGCAUUAACCAACACAAAAUGGAGAUCUUCAGUGAUGGCGGAUCUGUGCAGUCUUUGGCUAACCAAACUGUUUUGACGUUGUAUCACAACCUGACGGCUGAAACGUCUUCGCAGUCGGGCAUGACGGAAGGAAUAUGUGUAGACAACAGUACGGAUGAAUAUCAACAUUUUUACCGCACAGCCCAGUAUAUAACGGGAAUGAUAAUUUAUCCGGUGUUGUGUAUCAUUGGGAUAACUGGAAAUGUAUUAGCCUUAGUGAUUCUCAGUCACAAGAACAUGGCGACGUCGACCAAUGUGUACCUCUCGGCCUUAGCAGUAUCGGAUACCAUUAAAUUAUUAAACGAUUUACUUUAUUUCAUAAUGUUAGUGAUUUCUACAGAUAAUCCUAGUGCGGGGCAACGAAUGAUGAUCAGUCUUUAUCCGUUCGCACAUUAUAUUUUCAACAUGUCUGUUUGCGUAACAGCAUGGUUAACGGUCUCCGUUGCAGUGGAGCGAUACAUCUCGGUGUGUUACCCGACCCAAGCAAAGCAACUAUGUACCAUUCCACGCGCCAGACUUGUGUGCAUUGCCGUUUUUGUGAUAAUGAUUUUAUUGUCCCUUCCCUCAGCAUUGCGAUAUAAACCGAUGGUGUCCUUUGAUUCUACGCAUAAUGUUUCAUGCCAUGUGAUUGGAUUAACCGAACUUGGUGCCAACAACGCCUUCAUGGUACCUUACCAGUGGAUUCAAAACUCUUUGCGAUCCAUAAUCCCACUGAUUGUUCUAAUAUACCUAAAUGUACGCAUUAUAAACGAACUCCGAAAGGAAAGAGUUAAGGGAAAGAAACUAUCUUCCAGAAACAAGAUUACUUUAAUGCUGAUUAUCAUUAUUGUGGUGUUCGUUGUGUGUAUAACCCCUGAUGCCAUAAUGUCCACUUUCUUUGGAUUUGGUUAUGUAGAUGAAAGCAAUUUAGUUAAAGGUAUAAGAGAGAUCACAGACUCUUUAUUGGCUGUUAAUUCAGCAUUUAAUUUUCUUCUGUACUGUUCUUUGAGUACGGCAUUUAGAAAUACCCUGUUAACCUUGUUCUGUGGAUGCAAGAACGAGUGGCAUAAUCGCAUUACGAAGCGUAGUAUUCGUAACGGAUCUCUGAUUCGAGGUGAAAAAAAUGGCCGUAAGAACUAUAACACAGGAGAAGAAACGCACGUGUGAACUUGUAAUAUGUUUGUGUAACAGAACGUUGCUUUAAUCAGGAAUAAAAACAUAAAUGGUUCUGUUCCAUGUAUGAAUGAAACGAUUAAACCCGAAAUACUUGUUGGUUAAAUAAAAAAUGUCCGUAGACAUAAAAUGAUAUUAAUUAGUUAGUUAGAAGUGGCGUUUUUCAUAAUUGUGCGUAAAAGCAUAGUGGACAAGUUUUAUUGUUUUGUGCAGGUUUGAAAAUAUCUAUAUAUUUUUGGGAAAGUUUGAAUAAGCAACCAUGGAAUAAAGGAACUAACCCACUCUGUUUCAUUUCCAAAUAGAGUAUCAGAUUGGGAAGUAUGAUGUGUUAUUUAGUAUAGAGAUCGGACAAGCUUUACACGAUUAAAAUUUUCAUUCUAAAUAUUAAGCGACAGUAUGCUUGAUGACUAAUGUUGGCUUCAAUUUUGGCUUACGGUGUCGACAGUAAAACAUAAAAUUAGUUCUAUCGCAGCACGAGCUGUAUUUAAUGACGUUAAAUUUUCAACGAACAGAAGUAUCACAAAACUAAUUUAAAAAAAAUAUUUUUGACCUUAAUUAAAAGAGCUCUAGCCAUUCAAGUAUUGCUAAUGGGAAUAUUCGACUGGUGGUUAUAGGCUAAACAUAAUUGGAGAUGUUUAAGUUUCAAAUAGCUUUCCUGCAUAUGAUACUUAACGGCAUCAACUUGUGCAAACAAACAUGGUGGACCGGAUUUAAUAUUGACGCAGUCCAAAGCGCACACAAAAACGAUUAUAUCCAUUUCAAUGUUUAUAAACAUCUAUUUUUUUUUCAUUUCUACUUUUAUAAGCCAUUACACGGUUGAGUCAUUCACCACCUCUACUCACAUUACAUACGUAACCAUAGAAAAGAGAAAAACAUUAUCAUAUGCUAGUACGUCGCAGCUGUAUUUACGUUUUAGCCAUGUAUGUUCGUACAUAUACCAGCCAUUAUAUGAAUUUUGGAACAAUUGACGUUUGAUUUUAAAAUGUUAGUUCGGCUUCUAAAAACCAAGAGCAUGUCAUUUCUCCAGUUCGCUAUAUGUGAUGGACGGUUCGUGCGCGAGGCAGUGAUUGUUGUUCUUUUGAUACGCCAGCAUUUUAUGUGGGAGUGUAUUGUCGUCACCCACGUCUGUUGGUCCGCGGUCCACCACAGUUGUUGUAAACUCUCUACGGAACAUGUUUUCGAGAUUUUCGUCUCUCAAACUUUCUGUGAUUUUAGGCUACUUUUGAGAUUCGAGAAUAACUGCUUUGUUCGCCAAAUCGUUCGAAAUUUAGAAACCCUUGUUCUGGUCCUCUCUACAACUAUCUGAAGCUCCGUAUUACAUUUGUUUCAGAAACUGAAACUUUCUGUUUUCUUAUGUAAUUAGUGUAGUGAUAAGCCCCAGAACUCUAUGCUAUUUGUCUGGAUAAUCAUAUCUGCAUACUUGCCGUAGUAAAGUCAUCGUCGCAGUUGUCAAGCAACGCAUACAUUUCCUGACAUUAAGUUUGGGACUGGAACUUUUUUUUAUUGAAAGUAAUAUUGUAGUAAUUUCGCAUAAUUAAAUUUUAUAUGUUUCUUGGAUUUUCUCACCAUUGUUGAUUAUUUUGAGUAGUGCAACUUCUAUUCGGCAUUUUUGCAUAAAUUUGAUGUUUUGAAACGCCAUCACGUACACUACAAGUAUGAAAAUGGUCAUUCCAUUUGUCUUUUAUGUAUAUAUAUUUUUAUUCUUAAUAUCAUACAAUAAUAAUAAGGCGUAGAUUACCUUUCAAGUUUGGAAAAUACGUGUAGCUUGUAUCAUAACUUCUGUAAUUUUUCUUGCAAUUUUGUUUAGUAACGGAAAACAGCAUAUCACAAAAUGUAAAGCCCAGCCCCCG